CUGGAGCUGCGAGAAGUCAGAUUGGCGAAACCUUGUGACGAGCAAAAGUCGGUCAACGAACUCCCAAGGCCGGCCGCCGCUUUCUUUGUUCGGACUGUUGCAACCAGCGGCACACUCGCGUACAACGAGCACCAGCCACCAAGCUCGCUUUUAUCAAAUGUUCACCCAUCACAGCUGGUGAAUAACAUGAUCCACCACACUCAUACUAAUAGAACAUUCUAG